AUGGGACCACCAACAGAGGAAUCAAGUCAGUGGACAGUGGCGGAUCUCAUCGAACCUGGAUCAUCAACCUGGAACAUUGACCUAAUCAGGCAAGUACUUCCUGCAUAUGAAUCCGAGAUCCUCAAGAUAAAACCUAGUAAACAUGGGGCAGUUGACAAAUGGGCCUGGCUCCCAUCACAGGAUGGAAUCUACUUCACCAAAUCAGGGUACUACAAUACUCAAGCAGAGAUUUCAAACCAGAACUUACCUCUUAAUCCCAGGGUUCCCCCUUCUUUCAACUGGCACGCAAGUAUCUGGAACCUAAGGACCUCCCAGAAAACAAAAAUGUUGCUAUGGAAGAUCAUUCAGCAAGCCAUUCCAGUCGGAGCUAACCUUACCCACCGAAAUGUUGCAGAGAAUCCAAAAUGUCCACACUGUAACGCAACUGAAUCUGAGCUGCAUCUGUUUUUUACUUGCCUGUUUGCAACUAGACUCUGGAACCUGGCCCCUUUUAGCUCUAACUUCUCCUCAAAUCAAGUGUCGUCUACAACGGAAGGCCUUAUGAAGGCAAACCAGAUGAUCUGCCUACCACCUUCGGGAGUCGGAAGGGGUCCCCUCUCACCAUGGAUCUUCUGGACUCUAUGGACGACGCAAAAUAAACUGAUUUUCAACAAGGAACAUUUAUCUGCGGAGGAAGCUAUCAAUCUAGCUAUCAUCAGAGCAAAAGAGUGGCAAUCAGCCCAACCUGAAAAAGGAUGUAAACCUCUUAACCCAAAAACCCUUCUACCUCCUACUCGACCACAACAAAUUGAAGAGAUAAUCACCUGUUUCACAGAUGCCUCGUGGAUCGCAGAACCAAAAGCAGGUCUAGGCUGGGUCUUCAAAGAUUUUCAGGAUCGGACCCUCAAACAAGGCGCAGAUCUGGCACUCAACGUCUCUUCUCCUUUGAUUGCCGAAGCGAUCGCAACUUUUACUGCGGUAGAAGUUGCAAUCACUUCGGGUUUCACACAUCUCUCGGUAGCCUCAGACUCACAGCGGUUAGUCAAGGCAUUGAAUUUGAAGCUCCACUCUAAGGAAUUUCACGGGAUUCUCCAUGAUAUCCUCGAUCUAUCUCGUAAUUUUCUGUUUGUAGCUUUCAUUUUAUUCACAGAAAUCAGAACCAAAUCGCAGAUGCUCUAG